UAACUAAAAAUAAGCAAUUUUGCUUUAGCUCGGGAGGUGGCACUACGAACCAAAAAUAAAGCUCACUCAGCAUGGCCGGUGAACUGCUAGCAGUAGAUUUUGAAGUCUUUGGAAAAGUGCAAGGAGUAAGUUUCCGGAAGUACGCUUUGGAAGCAGCACAGCGACUGCAGGUGUGUGGCUGGUGCAAAAACACUGCCGAGGGCACAGUACAGGGCCAACUAGAAGGCCCUCCUGAGAAGGUGAACCUAAUGAAAGAGUGGCUGCAAAGGGAAGGCAGUCCCUAUUCAAAGAUCGAAAGGGCAGAGUUUCAAAACGAGCACACUGUGACUACUGCAAAUUUCCAAACCUUCACUUCCAUUGAGUAAAAUUGUGUAUUAAUAAAAAUACUUGCUCUUUUCUAUUAUA